CUCUCUCUCUCUCUCUCUCUUUCUCUCUCUCUCAGGCGUGUGCUUUUGAGCUUUGCCAGGAUGAUGUCGCGGGAGGAGGAAGAGGAACGACGUCGUCAAAGGAAGCUGGAAGAAGCCCUCGAAGUGCAAUCUCUCAGGCGCAUCAUCAGCGCCUACCUCAAUUACCCAGAUGCUGCAGAAGAAGAUGUCAGAAGAUAUGAAAGGUCUUUUAAAAAGCUUCCACUCGCCCAUAAGGCUUUGCUGCCCCAUUACCCAUUAAAAUUUCAAAGGCUAAGGAGGUGUAUUUCUGUAAAUACAAUUUUCAUAUUUAAUGUGCUUCAGGCAUUUGAACCACCGCUUGAUAUGAGCCAGGACAUUGAUGUUUGUGAAGACCAACAUCUGGAGAAUUCUCCAGAUGAUAAAAUCCUCAUUAGAGAGAGGACUAAUUGUGCAUGUCAGGCUGCCUCAACGAGUGGAAGAAUGUAUUGUCGCAAAUCUGAUCAAGCCAGAUGUGGGGAACAGAGCAGUGUAUUUUGUAGUUCACCAAAAAGGGUGACUGAAAGUGAGGAGGUUGGAGUUCAAGGAUUCUGUGAUCCUGUUGCUGGGAAAGGUCCUGCAGGCCUGGGAAAUAAUGAAGAAACAAAUAAAGAUGGUGGAGAUGAUGCUAGGAUUAUUAAUAAUCAGAGAAAACUGCAUUCUGCUACUGAUUCAAAUGGAAACGUAUCCUGUUUGUCUCAUGCUUGGUUGGAGCCGUCACUGCAAUUGAACGUUCCUUUAGUUGAUGUUGAUAAGGUUCGUUGUAUUAUAAGAAAUAUUGUUAGGGACUGGGCAGCAGAGGGCCAAAAGGAACGUGAUCAAUGUUAUAAGCCUAUUCUUGAAGAGCUUGAUAGUCUGUUCCCUAAUCGCCAGAAAGAUAGUCCUCCUGCCUGUUUGGUUCCUGGUGCUGGUCUUGGACGGCUGGCUUUGGAGAUUUCCAGUCUAGGUUUUAUAAGCCAAGGAAAUGAAUUUUCAUACUACAUGAUGAUAUGCUCAAGUUUUAUUCUUAACAACACUCAAACUGCUGGAGAGUGGACAAUACAUCCUUGGAUCCAUAGCAAUUGCAAUUCACUUUCAGAUGAUGACCAACUGCGUCCUGUUUCAAUUCCAGAUAUUCAUCCAGCUAGUGCAGGGAUUACUGAAGGCUUUUCGAUGUGUGGUGGUGACUUUGUGGAAGUCUAUGGUGAUCCAAGCCAAGUAGGAGUAUGGGAUGCACUUGUGACCUGUUUUUUCCUUGAUACAGCCCAUAACAUCAUUGAAUACAUUGAGAUCAUAUCAAGAAUCCUAAAAGAUGGGGGAGUUUGGAUAAAUUUGGGGCCUUUACUUUAUCACUUUGCAGAUAUGUAUGGACAAGACGAUGAAAUGUCCAUUGAACUAAGUUUGGAAGAUGUGAAGAAAAUUGCUUUGCAUUAUGGAUUUCAGUUGGAGAAAGAACGAACAAUUGAGACAACCUACACGACUAAUCCUCAAUCCAUGAUGCAAGUAUGCCUUUUAACAUUUUCGUGGAAUUUCACUCUUCUUACCUCUUUUUGUCCUUUAUAUGUCAGCUAUUUUAAUUUGGAAGUGGCUGAACCUUCAAAUCCUUGGAUAACUUCUCUAAAUAUUAUUUGUAACUAAAUACUGUAAUCUUUUGAUUGGCUGGGUUUAGGUUCCAUAACCUGCACCAAUGGAGGUCAUGUGAACAUAUAUGAGAAAUGGAGUAAUUUUGGAAUCUUUGGAAAAUGAUCGAUGGGGUUCAUGCGUUUGACUGCAUGGAUUUCAGGUCUUCAACUUUUAUUUAUGUAGAUUUGGACAAUUCAGUGCAAAAUGAUCCAAACUCCAAGCUCCUAAGCAUGGGGAUAGUGUGGGCAAUUAAAUUUACCAUGCUAGUAUAACCACUUAUGUGCCAUCUGGAAUCUUGUACACGAGGAGCAUCGAGUGUUUAGGAUAUGUAGGGUACUUUUCAUUACACUGUUGUUUGACAUGUCUUAAGUUCGAUCUGUGCAGAAUCACUACUAUGCUGCAUUUUGGACAAUGACAAAGCAACCAACAACUACAGCGAGGAAGUAGGGUACAGCGCAAGUGCUUGCUCCAUCAUGAAUCUCAAAUGGGUUAUUGCUGCACAAAAUAUUCAUCCCUUUCAAAUCUCGUAUUUUUUUUAAUAGAAAGAAUUUGUGUCUACUUAUUCUGCGGUGCUUCAUUAUACCCCAGUGUGCUAUAUGUGUGUGUAUGUACAAGAAUUUUCCUUUUUUAUGCCAAAGUUUUGAAGCUAUUCUUGCAUUAGACAGAAAAAAAAGAAAAUGAACUACAGUUUAAUUAAAUAGAUGGUUGGGACUUUGUUGACA